AUGGACAUCGCGGAGUACGUCGAGUUCAUGGCCGGCGGCGGCCGGGGCCCGCGGGGCGACGAGCUGCGGCGGAGGGCCAGGGAGCACCUGCUCGCGUCCGGCUGGACCCUCUACAAGUUCGCCAAGUGCGACGGCCGCCAGGAGCUCCGCUACAGGGCGCCCCACGGCGCCUCCUACAUCUCCCUCAUCGUCGCCUGCAAGAAGUUCCAGCUCUUCCGCACCGCGCCGCCGAGGAACCCCGCGGCCGCUCGUGGGAAGCCGAGGAAGAGGAGCGCGGCGGCGAAUUGUUCGUCCGGGAAGGAGAUCGCUCGUGUGAUAAGCCCGAUCGGUGCGGAAAAUGGCGGCCGUAAGCGGGGUUUUGGAGGCGACGAGGACGUGUGUGGGCCGGCCGUCGGCAAUCCGUUCGCCGGCGACUGCCCCACGAGGCACCGGAAGGUGAGGAGGGUCUCCGCGCUCUACGCCGACGACGCCCUCAAGAAGUACGCCGCCAAGAAGAGGAAGAAAGCGUCGGCGUCUCCCCAAAGUUCCGCGUCUCCCCAAAGUCCUGCGUCUCCCGCGGCGUCGCCGUCGCGCGUGCUGCGGCCGAGGCCGAAAGACGGAGACAAGGCGCAGGCGGCGGCGGCGGCGUGCCAGCCGACCCGCGCGAGGACGAUCCUCGCCGUGCUCAUGGACAAGAAAAUCCUUCCCCCGACGGCCAAGCUGUCCUACAGGCGAACGAGGGACGAGCCUCCGGCCAAGCAGGGCACGGUCACCGCGCAAGGGACCAUACGGUGCGCGUGCGGCUGCGGCGGCAAGGCCUUCACCGUGGCGGAGUUCGCGGCGCACGCUGGCGGCGGAUGCGGCGAAGAGCGCCCGUCGGCGAGCGUGUACCUCAACGACGGCAGGUCGCUGUCGCAGUGCCUGGUGCAGCUGAUGCGCGCCCACGGCGGCAGCAGCAGGGCCACAGGCUCGCCGUCGCCGCGCGCGAGGCUGAAGCGCAGAUGCCCGCCCGAGCUGGGGGACGGCGACUGGGUGUGCUCCGUCUGCGCCGACUUCGGCGACAUGCUGCUCUGCGACUGCUGCCCCUCGACGUUCCACCACGGCUGCGUCGGCCUCGACGCCACCCCGCAGGGGGAGUGGUUCUGCCCUUCCUGCCGGUGCGCCGCCUGCGGCUCCAGCGAGUUCGAGCUCGCCGACGGCGAGUUCACCGACAAGACGGUGAUCUACUGCGACCAAUGCGAACGAGAGUAUCAUGCCGGCUGCGUCAGGGGCAGAGGCGACCAGCUCGAGUGCUGCCCGGAAGGGCCAUGGCUCUGCGGCCAUGACUGCUCGAACAUUUUCCAGCGUCUGCAAGGGCUGGUUGGAAGAUCGAUGCCUACAUCAGUGGAAGGCGUAACCUUCACCGUGUUGAGAUCAACGAAGCUCCCCGAGGAGGAGGCCAUGGCGGCGGAGGAGCACGGGAAGCUGUGCUCGGCGUUCGACGUGCUCCACGAGUGCUUCAUCACCCUCAUCGAGCCGCAGACACGGACCGACCUCAGCCACGACAUCGUCUUCAACAGAGAAUCGGAGCUGAGGCGGCUCAACUUCCGGGGAUUCUACGUGGUGGGUCUCGAGAAAGGCGGCGAGCUCAUAACCGUGGGCACGCUCAGGGUGUACGGGAAGAAGGUCGCGGAGCUGCCGCUCGUCGGGACCCGGUUCGUGCAUCGCCGGCAAGGGAUGUGCCGCCUACUCUUUAACCAACUGGAAAAGUUGCUUGGCGAGUUGGGGGUGGAGAGGCUCGUGCUGCCGGCGGUGCCUGAGCUUCUACCGACAUGGACCGGAUCCUUCGGUUUCCAACCCAUGAGCCAUUCCGACAAGAUGGAGAUUGCAGAGCACACCGUCAUGUGCUUUCAGGGAACCACGAUGUGCCAGAAGUUCAUCGCCGACGCGGCGGCUCCAUGAAGAUGAAACAUCCCGCUACCAUGUAGAAAUCAAGUAGGCAAGUUCAGAGUUGAGACGGCAAGAUUGAGCUACUCAUAUUUGUCAGGAGAGGAUCGAUA